CCCAGCUCCAGUGUAAAACAGCAGCUUUGAUUUCUAUAAAUAUUUAAAACAAGCCCAAUGCUGCAUUGUCUGGCCAGGAAAAUGACCAUCUUCUGUGCCCACUGCAGCAGGCCGCUGAGGAAAAUGAGCCACCCCCGAGGGAGGAGUGGGAUGGAGCCCAGCACUUCAAAGCCGUUCAGGUCAACAAAGGGUGCCUCUAAGGCUCGUCGGGAUCAGAUCAAUGCUGAGCUACAGAACCUACGCUCCCUGCUGCCCAUCUCAGCACAGGAGAAGGAGCGGCUCUCCUACCUCCACACUAUGGCUUUGGUCUGUCUUCAAAUCCGUGGGGCACAGCUCUUUCCUCCAGGCUCAUCUGAACGUGCUCCUGCCACGACGCCAGAUCUGGAGCUGCUGUCCUCAUUGCCAGGGUUUAUCAUUGCUCUCUCUGCAGAUGGCAAACUGGCCUACAUCUCUGAGAACGUGGCCCAUCUCCUGGGCUUCUCUGUGGUGGAGUUGCUAGCCCAUGGAGACUCAAUCUUCGACCUACUAGAUGACUCAGCACAUGAGGCCGUGCAGGAGAAGCUCCACUUGGCUCAGGAGCAGCCAGGCACUGAAAUUGUGUUUGUCAGUGAAAUGCGCACAUCCAGGUCCUUUCGAGUGAGAUAUGGAGGGAAUCGGGCUGUGGCAGUGAGGGGCCGAUUUCUCGCUCUGGAUGGGACGACCUCCUCCUCCAUCUUAACGUUCCUUGGCUUCUGCACUCCCAUCAUGCAAUUGUCUGACUAUGGGGAUGGCAUUUCUUAUGAUGCCCCAUUCCAGAGCCAGCACACACUGGAUAUGAAGGUCACUGAUGUCACAGAGAGUGUCAUUUAUCAUCUUGGCUAUCGGAGGGAGGAGCUGAUUGGUCAGUCUUGGUACAGCCUCCUACACCCUGCAGAUGUUGCAUCAGCAGCUGCCCAACAUGAGAGCCUGGUGUGUGGCACUGGGAGGUGCAAUCGGCACUUAGUGGUUCGCCUGCUCUGCAAAGACCUGAGCUGGGCAUGGAUGCAAAUCAUAGCAUCAAAGGAGUAUGAGAGAGGAAGAGAGACCAUCACCUGCACCAACUUUAGCCUCAGUGAGGAAGAAGCUCAGUAUCUCCAGGGCCAGAAUCCAUGGCACAGAGUCAUCUCUGCAGCUGCACUGAGUCCAAGGCACCACACCAGAGAAAAAGAGCACAAGACACUGCCAAGAACACUAAACCCCUUUCCACAGGAGACAGCACUGCCUAACCAGGGGGUACCCAACUAUAGUCCCUGCCAGCUCCCUAAUGCCCAGCAGGAGAUGCUGAUAGCUUCCCUACAACCUUCAUUCACCACCUGCUUUCCCGCUCCCACUGUAGAAGCUGGGUUACCCUCCCAGGAGACUGGGUGCUCAGUCCUACCCGCUGGGCAGAGGAAUCUAUCCUGCCCCGUCAGUGUUUACAAGUCACCCUACAGACAGCCCUUCUCCAGUCCUUGUGCGCUGUAUUCCCCAGAGGUUCCCCUUUCUCCUGGCAGCAGCCCUUCUACUGAUGCUUGUCCAGUCCCUGUUGGAGGGCAGUCCCCAGGCAUGUCCCCUGCAGUGUUGCAGUCUCCUGAGACAGAGAGAUGGGCAAUCAGUGUAUUGGCUGAACAGAUCCACUCCCUGGCUGAAAGCCUAUCUCAGUACACAAAGCAAGUGCAGCUAGAGCCUCCUGUCCCACUGUGUUCUGAGCGACCUAUUACUGACAGCCAGCUGGGGUCAGGACAGGACUGGGGCAACUCUGGAACAGUGGCUUUCCUAGCAGAACCCUGUUUAGAUGAAGAUAUCAUUACCAGUAUAUUAAGCAAUCUGCUGGAAAAUGGGGGUCCAACCUCACCUACCACUGCUUUGGGGUCAUCACCCACUAUUUUGUCUUCAGACUCUGACUCACAGGGUGGCCCUCCAUUCCGGAUACCCAUGUCUCCAACAGUUACCUGUCCAGAUCAGUACCUCUUUCUACAGCCUUUGACUACCUCUGCAUCAUUUGACUCCUGUGCACCAGUGUCCCUAUGGGAUGGGGAUCUCAAGGAGACUCUAUGGUGCACUGCAGCAGAGUAAGUAGGCCCUUGGCUGUGUUUCAAUACCAGAGUGACAACCCAUCUCCGCAUCCUCUUCUACUCUCCAGUUGUUUUGCAGGCUCAGCGGCUUCUCCACCUUCUCUCAGAAGUAGCACUAGAGGUGGGGGAGGGAAGAGGGUGUUAUCUGUCUUUUGCACUUCACUGUUAUGUAGUUUCCUCCCUUCAUUCUGUGGAUGGGGAUAAGUGGAAGAAAAGCUAUGAUUUAAUGAAGAAAAAAACCUCAGUUCUCUGAACCAGAAAUGGCCCUUGUCUCUACUCCAUGGAGAACAGUCAAUGGAUGUAGCAUGAUGUUCACUGCCCGUUCUCAUACACAGUGCAGUGGGGCAGGACCUCAGGGAACCAGACUGGACGAGUGGCAGAUGAGGGCCUACAUUCCUGCCAGAGGCUCCUCAGCUCCUGCUCCGCCCUGAGCCACAGUGCUAGGCUGGCUCCACCAUGAGGCCUUCAGCCGUCACAGGAGCAGCCUCUGCUGCCUGCCAUGGCAGGGAAGUGAUGGACCCUCUCAGCCCUGGGGCUGUGCAUCAGCCCCCAGUGGCGGGAACUCCCUGAAGGCUUCGGCCAUGGAGACGGGGAAGGAGAAUUCCUGGGCCUGGCACGCAGCGGCGGUGGGGAGGCGCCGGCCCCG